GCUUCACCAUGCUGUGCCGCUACGCGACCGAGCACCUCAGGGGCUUCAGCUCGCUGCAACUCAUCGGGGUCUUGAUAGCGCUGACUCGCCUGGCUCUCCCACCCGCCCACCCAUUCCUGCACCCGUGCGAGGCCGAGUUCUGUCGCCGUGUGUGGGACAUGGGCUUCGAGGAGCUGCUGUUGGUGGCCGACCUGUGGCGUUACCUGGGCCGCAGUGUGCCACGAUUCCUGGAGAUGGUGGCCAGCUACGCCGGGGUGCGCUGGAAGGCCCUGAGCCUGCCCCAACUCGUUCAGUUCAUCUACAUCAUUGGCGAGAACCGCCGCGCCCCGGCAGAGCUGAUGCAGAAGUUGGAGAUGCUGGUCUCACUGUAUCUGGACCAGAUGAACCUGGAGGAAGUGGGGGCUGUUUGCUUGGGCUUUUUCAAAUCCAGCCACGGGCUAUCAGAGAACCUCAUGAAGAGAAUUGGGGAUAUGGUGCUGGCCCACGUGGAGGAUAUCAGCAACUACGCUCUGGUCAAUGUGAUGAAGAUGUUCCGCUACACCCACGUGGAUCACUUGCCGUUCCUGAAGCGACUGGGGGAAGCCGUGUCGGAUCGUGUCCCUGGGAUGGGUACCCAGGGAGUCAUGCACGUUGUGCUGUCCUGUGCCUCCCUGCACUACCGCGACGAGCUCCUUCUGAGCGCGGUGGCCGCAAGCAUCCCCUCCAAGGCUCCGCACUGCCGCAGCAAGGAUGUGGCCAAGUUCCUAUGGUCCUUCUCGUCCCUGAACUACGAGCCGAACGUGGAGGAGUUUUACCGCUGCCUGACGGAGCAAGUGCACAGGAAGAUGCAGGAGUUUGAGAGGUUCCCCGAGCACCUGCUGACGGCCCUACUGGCCCUGGCCUUUACAGGGCGCUACCCUCACGACCUGCUCGAUGUGGCCCUCAGCCCACAGUUUGUACACCUCGCCCUCAGCAGCAGCGCGUUUGAACUGAAGCGGGAUCUCUUCACUCUUGAGGGCUCUGUGGCCAUCGAGUGUCCCCAUUACACAGGCCAUCGCCUCCCCCUUCCACUGCAAGAGGAGAUCUCUGAGGCCCUGCGGGCCUUUGCCAGGCAGGAGAUCUGCACAAAGCCGGAGAUGACGGAGGCUGAGAGCUCGCUGCGGGUUCUGCUGGGAGGCCCUGAGUACGUCAAGAACCACACCAUCCUACCUCAUGCCAGGUCAGCUGAGCUGGAGGUGCACUUUGACCUCUCCGGCAAACCUCUGCCCUUCAACACUGAAGCACCCGGGAAAAACAAGCCCAAACGCAAGCUGAACUUCAGCGGGAUUCAAGUCACUGAUCUGCUCAUUUCUCAGCUCACAAAACGCAACUGCCCUGGUGCUCAAGGCCCAGCUGAAACCUCAGCAGUGGCUCCCGAGGGCGAUGUGGUCGGACCUGAAGCUGGAUUUCAAGAUCACAACCGCAGAGCGUCGUAUGAAGCAGCGUUUAGAGAUGGGAUAUCUCUGACCAAUGGUCUCUUGGAAUCAUUGAAUUUCUCGAAGGUUCCAGCGAAGGAAGCCCUUCACCAGCCCGAUCAGCUCCCCGAGACCCCCCGGAAACUCGCCAUUCAGGUGUCCAACCGCAACCACUAUUGCCACUCCUCACGCAUCCUCUUGGGCUUGCACAGCAUGAAGAGGAGGCAGCUGGUUCAAGCUGGUUACGUGGUGGUUGAGCUUCCCCAUUGGGAGUGGUUUCCGUUGCUUAAGAGAACUCGCUCCGAAAAGCUGGCUUACUUACAUCAGAAACUGUACAGUGCGCUGGACUGAACAUGCAAAAAGGCGAGAGAACCAUGGGGUCCAAUUUGUGAUAUUUCAUAACUUCCUUCGAUUCGCACGGAAACGGUUUGGGUCAAGUCGGCAUGACAUAAUUACUGAAUUAUGUUGUAAUAGUCAACAAUACUGUUGUUGUAAUAGUCCCUUUUAAAAAAAACCUAAUGAUUAUUUGGCUACUCAUCCACACAUGUUUGUGGAACACUGCGCA